GACACUUUCAGUGUAUCACUUCUACCUAAUGUGCUUGACCUACAACCAAGAGCACACCUUCUGUUUGGCUUCAGUGUUACCUUUCUGGUAUUGGUAUGGACGUCACUCGCCCUUCGAGUCUACGUCCGCAUAUUCACAAUCAAAGCGUUUGGAUGGGAUGAUGCCUUUCUCAUCUGGGCAGCUGUUACGUUUACCACUUUUUGCGCAUAUUUAAUUGUCGAGGCUAAAUACUGCUUCAAACCAGAAGUAGAGAUAGCCUACAACACGGAGGACCUGAUGGCAAUAUGGCCCGUAUUGACACAGGCAAUGGUGUUCGUCGUCACGUACAAUGCUCUCUACAUAGCUACCACGAUCAUCUUCAAGAUCAGUCUGGCAAUCUUCUUCCUGCGGAUUGUCGUAUUGAAAUGGCAGCGUCUCUUGAUCUAUAUCUCGACCGCCAUCUACGCCGUCUAUGGUAUUGCUUUCAUCUUCUUGGUCACCUUCCGCUGUGGAAUGCCGAAAGACCUGCUCAUCAACGCGGCCCGGGGCAAGUGCAUCUCGGAAGAUGUGAUCAUGCCUAUGCUCUACAUCUCGGGUGUUCUCAAUUCCGGAGUCGAUGUCAUUUUCGCGCUUCUCCCAGCCAUCGUCCUGUGGAACAGCCUGAUGCCACGUCGAGCAAAGAUAUCAGCCUGCGUCCUUCUAAGCAUGGGCUGUGUUGGUACUGUUGCGUCGAUCGUUCGUAUCGCGUACCUCAGUGGCCUCGUGACCAGUUCCAAUUUCUUCACCACCGCGGUCGAUGCUGGUCUGCUUUCCAUCGUGGAGCCUGGGCUAGCGAUCACAGCAGCGUCACUUUGCGCUUUACGACCAUUGUUC